CUGGCUGGCUGGGCGUCUGGCUGCUGCUUUGGGUUUCUCACUUUAUUUAUUUUGCCAGUUUUUCUUCUUUUUUGAAGGCUGUUUUCUGCUCCAUGUUGUGUUUCCAGUGUUGUCUCUCUCACUGUCUCUCUCUCUCUGUCUCUCUCUCUGUGUCCUUCUCUGUUGGCUAUCCUCGCUCUGCCUCUCAUCUGCCUUCACCCUCGCUCUGCCUCUCAUCUGCCUUCACCCUCUUCUACCCCCAACCUCACCCUUUCUCUCAGGUUUCUCUCAUCUUGGUCUCACUAAUCUCUGUCUCUCUCUCUCUCUCUCUCUCUCUCUCUCUCUCUCUCUCUCUCUCUCUCUCUCUCUCUCUCUCUCUCUCUCUCUUCCUCUUUCUGUGUCUCUCUCUCUCUCUCUCUUCCUCUUUCUGUGUCUCUCUCGUGAGUCAUGGGGAAGACAGAGUUGUUCUCGGUCUAUAAGAGAUGUCUGGACUGUUUAUGCCUCUGCUUCUCUCGUCGCAGCCGUGAGGCGCCAGGCAGGAAGGGAAGGGACAGAGAGAAAGGUCACCUGGUGUACCAGCCGGGAGACCUCCUGCAGGAGAGAUAUGAAAUUGUUAGCACGCUAGGGGAGGGCACCUUCGGCAAGGUCAUUCAGUGUGUGGACCAUGAAAGGGGUGGGUCUCGUAUAGCUCUGAAGAUCAUCAAAAACAUGGAGAAGUACAGGGAAGCUGCCAAACUGGAGAUCCAUGUUCUGGAGACGGUCCAGGAGAAAGACCCACACAACAAACAGUGUGUAGUGUGUAGUGUUCUGUGUGUACGGAUGCUGGACUGGUUCGACUUCCACGGACACAUGUGCAUCUCCUUCGAGCUUCUGGCCCUCAGCACCUUCGACUUCCUGAAGCAGAACAACUUUCUGCCAUAUUCCAUCGCCCACAUACGUCACAUGACCUACCAGAUCUGCAAAGCCGUCAACUUUCUCCAUGACAACAAGCUGACUCACACAGACCUAAAACCAGAAAACAUCCUCUUUGUGAACUCUGACUACACUGUCUCGUACAACGCUGAGAAGAAGUGCGAGGAGAGGAAGGUGAAGGACACCUCGGUGAGGGUGGUGGACUUUGGCAGCGCCACAUUCGACCACGAGCAUCACUCUGUGGUCAUAUCCACCCGCCACUACCGCGCCCCCGAGGUCAUCCUGGAGCUGGGCUGGAAACAGCCUUGUGAUGUCUGGAGUUUAGGCUGCAUUCUGUUUGAAUAUUACCAAGGUUUCACCAUGUAUCAGACUCAUGACAAUAUUGAGCACUUGGCAAUGAUGGAGAGAAUACAUGGACCACUGCCAGUCAGGAUGAUGCUCAGGAGCAGGGCUAACGGGAAGCAGAAGUUCUUCACCCGAGGGAGGCUGGACUGGAACGAGAACUCCAAGGAAGGGAAAUAUGUCAAAGAGAAAUGCAAACCACUGAGGAAAUACCAGCUGUCGAAGGGUAUAGAGCACCAUCAGUUGUUGGAUCUGUUGGAGAGGAUGUUGGAGUACGAGCCCUCCAGUCGUAUCCCCCUGUCCUCGGCACUCCGUCACCCCUUCUUCCUGCCCCUCCAGGAGGUCAGACGAAGCAACGUCUGGGACAACAGCACAUGACCCGGCGUCACCUCUGCUCUUAUGACCUUUGACCCCUAGUGUGGCUGUGGACAUGUUUGUCAUCACAGUCUCCUUAAAUAUGUGACUCCCUGAAACCAAGUCUUCCUUCAUCUACCCCCCCCCCCUAUGGAGAAGUCAGGUGGCUGAGCGGUGAGGGAAUCGGGCUAGUAAUCCGAAGGUUGCCAGUUCGAUUCCCGGUCAUGCCAACUGACGUUGUGUCCUUGGGCAAGGCACUUCACCCUACUUGCCUCGGGGGAAUGUCCCUGUACGUAAGUCGCUCUGGAUAAGAGCGUCUGCUAAAUGACUAAAUGUAAUGUAAAUGUAAAUGUAUCUACCUCUUCACCCAACCCUCUUUUCUCUCCGGUGUGGGAGUCAUUACUGAAAAGCAAAGGGAGUAGAAUCAUUUGAAGACAUUGUUUGAAAGUCACCAACGGCCAAUCAAAAUUGCUGUGAGAAUAAAUCGAGACUCCUGAUUGGAUGGGAGCGACUGGGCGGGUGCGAUGAGCCGAGGUUCCACACUCACCUGACAGACCCUGGCCUUCCCCCUACUGAAGCACACACACACACACCACACACACCACACACACACACACACACACACACCACACACACACACACACACACACACACACACACACACACCACACACCACACACACACACACACACACACACACACACACACACACACACACACACACCACACACCACACACACACACCUCACACACACCACACACACCACCCAUGACUGGGACUCGUUUGGUGGAACAUACUUUGUCAGGGACAGAACUGUGAAGUUGAAAAUGUUGACUGUUAUGUGAUGAUGAUCCUUAUGUUUGUGCUCAACCUCUCCUUUCUGUGUAUAGAGUAGCAUCAUAACACCACUUAUUAAACAGAGUUUAUUAUGUU